CGCGCGCCUGGGCGCGGCGACUGCACGACCCGGGCCGCGGUCUCUUUGUGCGUCCGCCCGCGACAGCCGGGACCAUGUGGGUGAACCCCGAGGAGGUGCUGCUGGCCAACGCGUUGUGGGUCACCGAGAGGGCCAACCCCUACUUCAUCCUGCAGCGGAGGAAGGGACACGCCGGCGACGGAGGCGGCGGGGGCGGCCUGGCGGGCCUCCUCGUGGGGACCCUUGAUGUGGUAUUGGACUCCAGUGCCCGGGUGGCUCCUUACCGCAUCCUGUACCAGACUCCAGACUCUCUGGUUUAUUGGACCAUUGCCUGUGGUGGCUCCAGGAAGGAAAUCACUGAGCACUGGGAGUGGCUGGAACAGAACUUGCUGCAGACGCUCUCUAUCUUUGAAAAUGAGAAUGACAUCACCACAUUUGUGAGAGGGAAAAUACAGGGUAUCAUUGCAGAAUAUAACAAAAUCAAUGAUGUGAAGGAGGAUGAUGACACAGAGAAGUUUAAGGAAGCCAUUGUAAAAUUCCACAGACUGUUUGGGAUGCCUGAAGAAGAGAAACUUGUCAACUAUUACUCCUGCAGCUACUGGAAAGGGAAGGUCCCCCGGCAGGGUUGGAUGUACCUCAGUAUUAACCACCUGUGCUUUUAUUCUUUCCUUAUGGGAAGGGAAGCCAAGCUGGUGAUCCGGUGGGUGGACAUCACUCAGCUUGAGAAGAAUGCCACACUGCUUCUUCCGGAUGUGAUCAAAGUGAGCACACGGUCCAGCGAACAUUUCUUUUCUGUGUUCCUCAACAUCAACGAGACAUUCAAGUUAAUGGAACAGCUUGCCAACAUCGCCAUGAGGCAACUCUUAGACAAUGAAGGCUUUGAGCAAGAUCGAUCCCUGCCCAAACUGAAAAGGAAAUCUCCCAAGAAAGUGUCUGCUCUAAAACGUGAUCUUGACGCCAGGGCAAAGAGUGAGAGGUACCGUGCCCUUUUCCGGCUGCCCAAAGAUGAAAAAUUAGAUGGUCACACUGACUGCACCCUCUGGACUCCAUUUAACAAAAUGCACAUUUUGGGGCAGAUGUUUGUCUCCACAAACUACAUCUGCUUCACCAGCAAGGAGGAAAACCUUUGCAGCCUUAUAAUCCCGCUCCGUGAGGUGACCAUCGUAGAGAAGGCUGACAGUUCCAGUGUGCUCCCAAGCCCUCUGUCCAUCAGCACGAGAAACAGGAUGACCUUCCUAUUUGCCAAUUUGAAAGACAGAGACUUUCUAGUGCAGAGGAUCUCCGAUUUCCUGCAGCAGACGACUUCUAAAAUAUACUCAGACAAAGAGUUCGCAGGAAGCUACAACAGUUCAGAUGAUGAGGUGUACUCUCGGCCCAGCAGCCUUGUUUCCUCCAGUCCCCAGAGAAGCACCAGCUCUGAUGCUGAGGGUGAGCGCCAGUUUAACCUCAAUAGCAACAGUGUCCCCACAGCCACACAGACCCUGAUGACCAUGUACCGGCAGCGGUCUCCCGAGGAAUUCAACCCGAAAUUGGCCAAGGAGUUUUUGAAAGAGCAAGCUUGGAAGAUUCACUUUGCUGAGUAUGGACAAGGCAUCUGCAUGUACCGCACGGAGAAAACGCGGGAGCUGGUGCUGAAGGGCAUCCCCGAGAGCAUGCGUGGGGAGCUCUGGUUACUGCUCUCAGGUGCCAUCAAUGAAAAGGCCACACAUCCUGGGUACUAUGAGGAUCUGGUGGAGAAGUCCAUGGGGAAGUACAAUCUUGCCACUGAAGAGAUUGAGAGGGACUUACACCGCUCCCUUCCAGAGCACCCAGCUUUCCAGAAUGAAAUGGGCAUUGCUGCUCUGAGGAGAGUCUUAACAGCCUACGCUUUUCGGAAUCCCAACAUAGGGUAUUGCCAGGCCAUGAAUAUUGUCACUUCAGUGCUGCUUCUUUACGCCAAAGAGGAAGAAGCUUUCUGGCUGCUCGUGGCCUUGUGUGAACGUAUGCUUCCGGAUUACUACAACACCAGAGUGGUCGGUGCACUGGUGGACCAAGGUGUCUUUGAAGAGCUUGCACGCGACUAUGUCCCACAGCUGUACGACUGCAUGCAGGACUUGGGUGUGAUCUCCACCAUUUCCCUGUCCUGGUUCCUCACACUGUUUCUUAGCGUGAUGCCUUUUGAGAGUGCAGUGGUGGUCGUGGAUUGUUUCUUCUAUGAAGGAAUCAAAGUGAUAUUCCAGUUGGCCCUGGCUGUGCUGGAUGCAAAUGUGGACAAACUGUUGAACUGCAAGGAUGACGGAGAGGCCAUGACUGUUUUGGGAAGGUACUUAGACAGUGUGACCAACAAAGACAGCACACUGCCUCCUAUCCCUCACCUGCACUCCCUGCUCAGUGACGAUGUGGAGCCCUAUCCAGCGGUGGACAUUUUCGGACUCAUCGGAACUUCCUACGAGAAAUUUGGAACUAUCCGAGCAGAUUUGAUUGAUCAGAUGAGGUUCAAGCAGAGACUGAAAGUCAUCCAGACACUGGAGGAUACCACGAAACGCAACGUGGUACGAACCAUUGUGACAGAAACUUCCUUCACCAUUGAUGAGCUGGAAGAACUUUAUGCUCUCUUCAAGGCUGAGCACCUAACCAGCUGCUACUGGGGUGGAAGCAGCAAUGCUCUGGACCGCCAUGACCCCAGCCUGCCAUACCUGGAGCAGUAUCGCAUCGACUUUGAGCAGUUCAAGGGGAUGUUUGUGCUUCUCUUUCCAUGGGCGUGUGGCGCUCACUCCGACGUGCUGGCCUCCCGCUUGUUCCAGUUGUUAGAUGAAAAUGGGGACUCCUUGAUUAACUUCCGGGAGUUUGUCUCUGGACUAAGUGCUGCAUCCCACGGGGACCUCACAGAGAAACUCAAACUCCUGUACAAAAUGCAUGUCUUGCCUGAGCCAUCCUCUGAUCAAGAUGAGCCAGACUCUGCUUUUGAAGCAACUCAGUACUUCUUUGAAGAUAUCACCCCAGAAUGCACUCAUGUUGUUGGGUUGGACAGCAGAAGCAAACAGAGUGCUGAUGAUGGCUUUGUCACAGUGAGUCUGAGGCAAGACAAAGGAAAGAGGGCAAAUUCUCAAGAAAAUCGUAAUUAUCUGAGACUCUGGACCCCAGAAAAUAAGUCUAAAUCAAAGAAUGCUAAGGAUUUACCCAAACUGAAUCAGGGCCAGUUUAUUGAGCUGUGUAAGACAAUGUAUAACAUGUUCAGCGAGGACCCCAACGAGCAGGAGCUGUACCACGCCACCGCAGCAGUGACCAGUCUCCUGCUGGAGAUCGGAGAGGUGGGCAAGCUGUUCAUCGCCCAGCCUGCCAAGGAGGGUGGGGUUAGUGGCAGUGGGCAGCCCUGCAGCCAAGCCAUCCCAGGCGUGCUCUUCCCCAAGAAGGGGCCCGGCCAGCCCUACAUGGUGGAGUCUGCAGAGCCUCCGGCCAGCCUGGCAGCGGACAGUGAGGAACACUCCCUGGGGGGGCAGAUGGAGGACAUUAAGCUGGAGGACUCCUCACCCCGGGACAAUGGGGCCUGCUCCUCCAUGCUCAUCUCUGACGAUGACACCAAGGAUGACAGCUCCAUGUCCUCAUACUCAGUACUCAGUGCUGGCUCUCACGAGGAGGACAAGCUGCACUGCGAGGACAUAGGGGAGGACACAGUCCUGGUGCGCAGUGGCCAGGGCACGGCAGCACUGCCCCGGAGCACCAGCCUAGACCGGGACUGGGCCAUCACCUUCGAGCAGUUCCUGGCGUCCCUCUUGACCGAGCCUGCCCUGGUCAAGUACUUUGACAAGCCUGUGUGCAUGAUGGCCAGGAUUACCAAUGCAAAAAACACCCGGAUGAUGGGCAAACCCCUCACCUCGGCCAGUGACUAUGAGAUUUCAGCCAUGUCAGGCUGACGGGUGGCACCCUCA